UGUCGUGAUCAAGAGAGCCCGGGGGCAUCUGAAAUCGUGCGCCAAUUAUUCCCAUAACCAAGGUGUAUCUUGUUCUGCUCUUCGCUCGCAACCCGAGAAAACCUUGGUCGCACCAUGGAUACUGCGGUUAGAUAUGGUAUUACUAAACUGCAUGAGCCGGACGACCCCAAAAAUGUUCUAUUCGAUCUCGUGGCCGUUCAUGGACUCAAUGGGGAUGCGCUUGACACAUGGACUCACAAGCAGAGCAAAGUGAUGUGGUUACGGGAUUUGCUUCCGCAAGAAUUACCUAAUGUCCGUAUCAUGACAUAUGGUUACAAUGCCAAGUUCCGCAACUUCACGGCCCAACAGGACUUAAGAAAUAUUUCUAUGAAACUACUUUCCGAGCUGGUUGAUUUGCGACGGACAGAAGAGGAGCGCAACAGGCCACUUGUUUUCGUCGCUCAUAGCCUUGGAGGCAUCGUUCUCGGCGUCUCUGACUUUCUACAGGCUCUCCUAAUUCGGUGCCCUGAAGAACAGGCCAGAGUCCAGAAUGCCACCUUUGGAAUCAUAUUCUUAGCAACGCCACACAGCGGAAGCAGUGCUGCUAACAGCGGAAGAGUGAUAGCCAACAUCGUUGCCGCUUGUUCUCCAUUGAGACCUGCUCGAGGACUGUUGAGCCAUCUAAAAAAGGACUCAGAAAUACUGUUCGAAAUCACAGAGGACUUUGUUGAGAAAGUCUCAAGGCUACAAAUUGUGUCAUUCUUCGAAAUGAAGAUGACCACUUUUGUUAUUUUCAGACGCUUGGUGGUCGAACAACGCUCAGCGGUGCUCAAUGUGCCUAACGAGGUAGCCAUCGGACAAUUUGCUGAUCACCAAGAAAUUGCUCGUUUUUCGUCCAUCGAUGACCGGAAUUAUAGACCUGUGGUUAUGCGUCUACAAAAGCUCAGCCAGGAUAUCAGUGACAAACUCACGGCUUCAAAACCCGAGACUCAAAUUCCGUUAAUUGCCCAAACUGCUCUGGAGCCAAUCUUUGAAGUACCAUAUGCUCGAUGCAGCUCCUUUCGAGGGAGACAAGAAGUCCUAGAAGAAAUGGAGAGAUACUUCAAUCCAUCAAGCCCCUGUGAUCAGUUAGUCUAUGCAAUAACAGGUCUCGGAGGUUCUGGCAAGACUCAGACUGCAUUACAAUAUGCUUUUCGCAACCGGUUCAAAUACAAAUCCGGCAUCGUCUUCUUUAAUGCAAGCUCGACUACGACCCUGAUUGCUGACUUCUAUCGUAUAUAUGACCUUCUAGGCCUAGGCAGUGCUUCGAACAAAGUAGACUUCCUCAAAAGGUGGUUCUCAAAGCCGAAUAAUAGCGAGUGGCUCAUGAUCUUCGAUGGGGCGGAUGAUUUGGAAUCAAUAAGACUUUCCAAGUACAUACCGAACACGUCUUGGGGCCACAUCAUCAUCACAAGUCGGGACAAUGCUGUCGUUGGUCUGGUUGCUCCUAGGGGGCACGCUAUGGAGCCCCUCGGCGAAGAUGCUGCAAUCGGACUGCUUCUAGAGAAAUCAGCUAUGAACUCCCCCUCUGCCGACGAUGUGAAGCAGGCGAGGACCAUAACGAACCUAUUAGGGUGUCUUCCCUUAGCCAUCGAGCAAGCAGGUGCUUUCAUCCGAAGACGGCAGAAGUCGUUGAAAGAUUAUAGACGACUAUUUGACGAACAACAAUACGAGGUUCUUAAUGUCACGCCCGGAAUAGGCGAUUAUGAAAAAACUGUUGCCACGGUCUGGGAACUUAACUUCCGUCAACUCGAGCGAGAAUCUCCGAAGGCAUCGCAUCUGCUCCUGCUAUUCUCGUUUCUCGAGGCUGGCGAUAUACCUGAGACGAUGCUCAAUAGAGGGUGCUCGACUAAGAGAAUCUGGGAUCGCGACGGUGAGAUUACCGAGCUCGCUCCCAAGGAUGCAGGGCUGGACUUGGAAAUUAUUGACCUCGUUAACAACGAGAUGCAAUUUGAUGAAGCAAUAGAGCAGUUACUAGCCUUCUCGUUGAUCCAACGUAACAAUGUCCGACAUGGAAGAAGGGUAUUCUCGAUCCACCCUCUUGUUCAACAUUGUGCCGCUCAUCGAGUCGAUGAUACGACGCGGCAGAGAUGGCAAGCUCAAGCAGUAUUGUUGGUUGCUCAUGCUUUCCCUUUUAACGUCUACAUAGACGAGGAUUUCGGCAAUAUCGGGCGCGAAAUCUUCCCUCACGUGCCACGCAUUCUAAAGGAGUUUGAUUGCGUGGACCGUGACUGUGAGCAAUAUUCAUUAGUGAAACGAGCCGUCUGCGUGCUGCUGCUUUCCGCUUCGAAGUUUCACGACAAUGCAUGGAAACAAGACUCAAUUCGCAGGGUUAAUGCCCUUCUCAUGAAUGAAUGCGAUAGCUAUCUGAAAGCAUGGGCAGUUCAUCGAGAAAGUUCCAUUCUCCGCCUGCGAGGCGAAGUCGCGGGUUCCUACAGAGCACUUGAAGAAUGCCUUCACAGCAAAAUUUUCGAUAAAGAGUUGGAUUCCGAUGCCAGAUGGAACGCCCAGCAAGGCGACCUAGUCAUCUCGCUGUCGGAGAAUCUAAUGCGGGAUAAUGAUCUUGCACGCGCGAAAUCGGAACUGCAAGCAUGGCAACCGCUGAAUAUCGAAGCUCCCUCGACCAUGGAAAGGAUGGUUUUGCAAAGCCGUAACGUGAUGUUGGGCAGAUUGCUCAAGAACCAAGGUCGGUUCAAUGAGGCCUUACCCUACUUCCAGAGACUAUUCAAGGAACUUUCCUUUCGUGACUACAAUGUCAGCACCGGUUGGCAGAUGGUCAUGUUCUCGAAUCUCGCCGACUGUUACUGCGAAGUGGGAAGACCAGACGACGCUGAAGCGGUGCUUGAAGCUGAACUGGGAAUCAUAUAUGAAAGUGGAUGGGAGAACAUCAGCAAUGGUCGACGACUACAACUCGCGCUCAUUGAGACUUUUAUCCGACGUGGAUUCUUCAAACAAGCCGAGGAAUGCUUACUGAAGCUCAUUCCCAUGUUCGAGGCAAUUGCUGAGCCAGAUAUACUGCAAAAUACCGGUCACUUCCGCGUUUGGGCUGGAUUGGCGAGAAUAUCUCACCUAGAAGGGAAUUGGGAUGAUGCUCUUGUUCGCUGGAACCGUGCACUUGGAAUCGUGGAGGCCGCGGGAUGGAACAAGGGCUGCACCCACGGUAUCUUCCUCUACUCCAUCGCACAAGCCUUGUUUAGAAUCGGGGAUCUUGAUGCAAGUUUAGUUACCUUGGAGAACGCGAAGAAGAGCUUGGCCGCCGAAGAUCGGAAGUAUUGGAUUGUCGGGCUCGGAUCGUACUGGUAUGACUAUGUUGUACUUCCCCUUGGAGAGACUGGGCCAAAUCCGAUUGUAAUUCAGCCAAAAAACAUCCGUGCAAAUGCUCAGGACCGCCUGAUUGACCAGUUAUUUGGUCCAUGGGAGCCUAAUACUCGCAGACUACCCAAUGGCGGCGAUGGCACUGCUUCAAUCGCGAUGGGCACCGGGCAGAGGAAAGCAAUUGAGGCUAGCAGUUCCUAAAGGUGUUGCUCACGCAAUACGGUCUUGAUCUAUGGCUGUACUACAGCUGACAUAGUCAGCUAUAUAGGAAUAAAACGGCUAGAAUGCACUUACAUUGGUGCUGCAGUCAUCAUCAGUGACUGGAGGCUUGGAGGAGAAAAAGCAAAGGGGCCCAUAGCUCAGAGAUUGAGGCUGCGGCCAAUACCAGAGAGUAGAGCUGACAUGCUGGAAUAAGUGGAGGAUGAAGUAGAAUGGGGGACGAGGAAGUUCUUUGUUCUUUGUUUGUACUUCAAGAAGGCAGACGUUGUUAAAAGGCAGCGGCUCAGAUAAGGUAAGGUACCUCGUAAACGAGGGGCCGAAGCUGGUGCG